AUGGCGGAGAGUACGCUGUUGCAUCCCAGCAUCGCGACGCCGCUGGGCCGCGCGCUCCAGGCGCAGUCGCAUGCCGUGACCAAGUCGGCGCUGAUGUACCCGCUCUUUAUCACCGAUGAGCCGGACGCCCAGGUGCCGCUCGGCGGCAUGCCGAACCAGUACCGCUGGGGCGUGAACCGCCUCGAGGGAUUCCUGCGGCCGCUAGUCGAGCGCGGCCUCCAGUCGGUGAUUCUUUUCGGCGUGCCGGUGUGCAAGGAAAAGGACGAGACGGGCACGCUCGCUGACGACCCCGAGGGGCCGGUGAUCGCGGCGAUCCGCGCGAUCCGCGCGACGUUCCCGAGCGUGUACGUCGCCGCGGAUGUGUGUUUGUGCGAAUACACCUCGCACGGCCACUGCGGCAUUGUGUACGAAGACGGCACGAUGGACAAUGACAAGUCGGUGGCGCGCCUCGCCGACGUCGCGGUCGCCUAUGCCAAGGCGGGUGCACACUGCGUCGCCCCGAGCGACAUGAUGGACGGGCGCGUGGGCGCGAUCCGCGACGGACUCAUCAAGGCGGGUCUCCGCAGCCGCACGACGCUCAUGGCAUACAGCGCCAAGUUCUCGUCCAAGAUGUACGGCCCGUUCCGCGAGGCGGUGGCCAGCGCGCCGAGCUACGGCGACCGCCGGUGUUACCAGCUGCCGUCGAAUGCGCGCGGCCUGGCGCGCCGCGCGAUCACGCGCGAUGUCCAGGAGGGCGCCGACAUCAUCAUGGUCAAGCCCGCACUGCCCUACCUUGACAUUCUCAGCGAUGCACGCGAGCUCGCGCCGGACUACCCACGCGCGUGCUACCAGGUGAGCGGCGAGUACGGCAUGAUCCACGCGGCGGCGAAUGCGGGCGUCGGCAACCUGCGUGGCAUGGUCGAGGAGAGCAUGACGUCGAUGGUCCGCGCCGGCGCGUCGCUCAUCCUGACCUACUUUACGCCCGAGCUGCUUACGUGGCUGGACGAGCCGCAGCCUAUGUAG